ACUAGGGAAACGCCUGCGAGAAGCACAAAACGAUGUGCUCGCGGCAAUUGGCGCCGUUGAACGGAAGUGGCCUUUGCACAGGGAUGGAUCUUCGAACACACAGAGUCACUCAGUCGAACGCAUGGAAAAUGAGUAUGCCGAAGUGCUCAUGGACGGCAUUACAUUUGCUUCCAUACCAUUUAGCUGGUGGGCAGUUGUAAUGAAGACUCGAUUUGCGGUUAAAUGGGCUUCCUCUGAUAUGACAUUCAUGCAAAUCCUUGUCGAGGAGUAUAAUCGUAGCUUCCGUCCGGUCUCCCGUUCAUUUCUCUGCCAUUUCAUAGGUGCUGGUAUUGUGCCUACAGGUGUUGAAUGUCUGUCUUGGUUAUGGAGGGGCUUGUUUGACUCUGUUCUAUCAACUCUGGGUUUCAAGAAGCAUAAUGUGGCUGGCCCAUUAGUCCUUACAAGUCUGAUUGGCGAUUUGUUUGUGAACUCUCUUUGCGCGCCGAUGCUCUACCACUCGGUUCUCGUUCAAACGGGACUAUUAUCAUCACUUCUACCAUCCAUAUCGGCAUGGAAGCCAGGCUCAGCACUGUCGCCCUUUCCAAGCUUCCGGAGCUGGCAGCAAAUACUACUGUCUCCCAUUGUGGUACACAAUGUUGUACGUUAUAUCGGCAAUACUGUUCUAAGAUCGAUAACCCGCAUCUCAGAGGAUGAUCUAGCUUUGGCCCUUGUUCAUCCCAAUGAAGUUGGUAGAACAGUUGCACAGAAACGAAGACAGCAGCGUGCUGAACUGCGCCUCACCAAGAACCUCCCAUCACUCUCCCGUGUUCUUAGGUUCUUUGGCUGGGGACAUCAAAUUCCUAGAAGGACUGUCAUAUUCGAAGCUAGUCAUCAGCCUUCUGAUUCAUUACUAAUGUCGCAGUCAAACAUAGAUGUGCUACACGGUCAAGAAACCGCGGACAGGUCUAGGGAUGACUGGGAGGACGAAUUACAUGGCUUGCAGGGAUCAGGAUCUAAUGUCCCGGAAACACUUCAGAACCCUCCACAUGAGGCAGCACUACCUUCAUCGGCCCGUGCCAAUGUCGACACUUCCACUGCCAAUACACAACCGUCAGUCCGGAUCACGUCAAGGGAUAAUGACCGCGGCUAUCUCGAACUGGAGAUCGAAAUCCCGGCACCGCAUCUCGAGGAAGAGACAGAACACAAUCGAGCCACAGAUCUGUCUCGGGGUCCCUCUAAACUACUUGCUCACUUUAUACAUAUCUUCCUCGAAAGAGAGUUGCUGUACCUGCCAUCGCGCAUCAUCACUACCAACUUUUACGCCUUAUAUUUCAUUAAUACCCCGAUAGCGGGCUCAACAGGUCCGACAGCUUUCCAUACAUUGUCUUUCUGGCUCAAUCUAUUCCGAAACCUCAGGCUUGGCGUUAUCGUUACUGCAGCCAGCAACUGGGCACUUUGUACUAUGAUUGAGUACAGUUUCUUUGCCGGUCUUUGGGGUUGCCACUAUGGCCUAACGUUGUGGCAAGGUAGACACGCAUUUGGUUGGGGAAAUCUGUAGAUUAGUACUGCUACAAUCUAGCAGUACCAACAUGACCCUGGUCAGCAAUUAUCACCACUAGAUCCUUUUCCCGA